GAUGACGUCAGUGCGCCAUCGCGUUUGAAACGUGUUUUUCUUUCCGCACAGGAGUUUGUGCAUUUCAUUCGUCCGAUUCAUUUUUACUCCCAUAAAUCAUGAGUAGAUCACUUUAGAGCAGCUCGCAUGGGAUUGUGAUCACGUGUUUACUUUCUCUCUCUGCCUGCAGUCUGUUUAUCCGUCCGCCAUGGAGGCUCUGACCGAGGCUCUGUCCGGCAGUUUCUCGGUGUCCAGGGAAAUAAACAGCACAUCUGCUCCUCAUCCCCGCCUGGCGCAAUACAAGAGCAAAUACAGCGUGCUGGAGCAGGGAGAACGGCGCAGGAGGUUCCUGGAGCUGCAGAAAGAGAAGAGGCUGAACUACGUGAAUCACGCUCGUCGUCUGGCGGAUGGAGACUGGAGCACAGCCGACAGUGAGGAUGAGGAGGAGGCAGAGAAGAAGAGUCUGCAGACGGAGAACGGCGCAGAUGAAGAGGGCAUGGAGGUCGAGCCGAGGAAAAAACUGCCCAAACAUUACGCCAACCAGCUGAUGUUGUCAGAGUGGUUGGUGGAUGUUCCUGCAGAUCUGAGCUCUGAUUGGCUGAUGGUGGUUUGUCCAGUUGGGAAACGGUCACUUGUUGUCGCAUCCAAGGGAUCUACAACAUCUUACACCAAAAGCGGCUACUGUGUGAAUCGCUUCCCUUCUCUGAUCCCCGGCGGGAACAGACACAACUCUGCUCUGGGCAAAGAUUACACCAUCCUGGACUGCAUCUACAGCGACGUGGACAGAACAUAUUACAUCCUGGACGUCAUGUGCUGGAGGGGACAUCCUGUGUACGACUGCUCCACGGAGUUCCGCUUCUACUGGCUUCAGUCUAAAGUGGACGAGGUUGAAAGUCUUUCUGAAAUUUCCAAGAUUAAUCCUUUCAGAUUUGUGGCCUUGAGUAGCAUCAGCUGUUCCACAGAGUCCAUCCAGAUGGCUCUCGCACAUGAAUAUAGCUAUAAAGAGACGCACUACACCCCGGGCAGCACGCCAUUGGUCGGAUGGCUCAGACCUUACAUGGUGGCCGAUAUAUUAGGGAUGGAUGUGCCAGAGUGUCCUCUCACUAGCAAACCCGAUUAUGCCAGCCAUCAGCUUCAGCAGAUCCUGGAGCACAAGAAAACAUCCACAGAAGUUCGGCCGGCAGAUCAAAAUGGCCGAUAUGAACUCGAACACCUCUCCACUCCUGAGACACCAACGCAGAACUCACACCCCGCUCAGAAAGAAAACAUGGAGACUUGAAAGUACUGCAUGAACGUUUUUAGAAAGCACUUUUCUCAAGCCCGAGCUGUUGAGAUGAGUUUUUAAUUGCUCUAUUUGCAAUUCAGUUCUAUGGUUUCUGUGCCCAUAAUGGCUGAAAUGAAACCCAUUCUGCAAUUUUAUAAAUAGCUUUUUAAUUAGAUAUUCUCAUUGGACGAUCAGGUCAUUACAACAACCAUUUGAAUUGUUUGUUUUAAUUUGUGUUGUCAACUUCAAUAAAGUUUUAUUGUCUGUUUUGUUUA